CAAAUUAUAUUACUCUUGAUUAGAUUCUUGAUUUUAUGGUCGUAAUAUGCAAUGCGAAAAUAUAUAUAAAAAGGUGAAUUUUGCCCGUUGGAUUCAGUCAAAAAGUUUAGAAUCUUUCAUGAAGAUGAAGCUGAUUAUCUUACUGGUUUUCCUGUGUGGUUGCUGGGCUGCAAGUUUUGACGGGGAAUGCGAAUAUGAUCACGGGGAUGGCCAACCGGGAUGCAAGACAGAGGAGGAAUUAGGACGUUUGUGGAGAAAUAAUUGGGAUCCUACUGCCUAUUGGCAGUGUGAAGAAGCCAAUCAACCUGCUAAAUUGGUUCGAUGCCCAGGACUGGCUUUCUCACAAAAUGAACAAGAAUGUGUGGAUUGGAGUUCCUGGGAGUGGACACCACCCUGCGAUCCACCUUCAAAACCUUAGUUAAUUUUGAAAUGGACAGCAUACAAUAUAUAUGUGCAUAAUGCAUUUAUGAGUAAUAAUAACUGAAAAUUGCAAUGAA